CCGCGGACCUCUAGCCUUACGUCACUUCCGCUUCCUUUCCCACAGGGCGGGUAAUUCGAACGUUUUUUGCUGCGAGUGGCCUUCUCGGUUGGCGCGCGCCCGGGGCGGCGGCGCUGGAGGAGCUCGAGACGGAGCCUAGUUAUGUCUGGGAGGCGAACGCGGUCCGGAGGAGCCGCUCAGCGCUCCGGGCCAAGGGCCCCAUCUCCCACUAAGCCUCUGCGGAGGUCCCAGCGGAAAUCAGGCUCUGAACUCCCAAGCAUCCUCCCUGAAAUCUGGCCGAAGACACCCAGUGCGGCUGCAAUCAGAAAGCCCAUCGUCUUAAAGAGGAUCGUGGCCCAUGCUGUAGAGGUCCCAGCUGUCCAAUCACCUCGCAGGAGCCCUAGGAUUGCCUUUUUCUUGGAGAAAGAAAACGAGCCCCCUGGCAGGGAGCUUACUAAGGAGGACCUUUUCAAGACACACAGCGUCCCUGCCACCCCCACCAGCACUCCUGUGCCGAACCCUGAGGCCGAGUCCAGCUCCAAGGAAGAAGAGCUGGAUGCCAGAGACUUGGAAAUGUCUAAGAAAGUCAGGCGUUCCUACAGCCGGCUAGAGACCCUGGGCUCUGCCUCUACCUCCACCCCAGGCCGCCGGUCCUUCUUUGGCUUCGAGGGGCUGCUGGGGGCAGAAGACUUGUCCGGAGUCUCGCCAGUGGUGUGCUCCAAAUUCACCGAGGUCCCCAGGGUCUGUGCAAAGCCCUGGGCCCCAGACAUGACUCUCCCUGGAAUCUCCCCACCACCCGAGAAACAGAAACGUAAGAAGAAGAAGAUGCCGGAGAUCUUGUCUCUUAGGGGCAGACAAAGAGCCCACUCCAAGCUGGCCAACAAGCCAGUGGUGCAGCCUGUUGAGGAGCAAGAACCCAAGGGCCCUCAGGCUUCCAAGGAGCGGAACUUGGAGCCACCUUCCUCAGAACAACUGGAACCCACCGUCACAUUCCUGUUUACACUCCUGAACACCUCUGAGCCCACGGAGCCAAAAGACCCUGAAUCGGACUCGGAGAUCCAGGAGUACCAGUUCUUAGAUCAGGAAGACUGGGGCCCCCAGCGGACCUCAAAGGAGAUCAGGCAGUUGCAGAAUGACUGCAUGAGGCUUCGGGAGUCACUGAACAUCACCCAAGUGCACAACCUGGCCCUGGGGGAGAAGCUGCAGAACCUGCCCACCUUGUUGUAUAAGAGCCUGAAGGAGGGAGCCCAGGCCAUCCAGGAGGAGGCCCAGGCCAUCCAGGAUGAAGUGAAGGCCCUGCAGGAGGAAAGCCAGGCCCUGCCGGAGGUGGCUCUGCUCAGUGACCCAAACCCCCAGAAGGCAGGUCUCCUCUUCAUGCUGCCUGACCUGCCCCACGACCACAGAGAGCAGGGUCAGACCUGGCCGGGCCCCAGGCCAUAAGUUGGACACCUCCUCGGGAGGCCGCUCCAUCAGCCAGCUCCUCCCUAGAUCCCGGAAAUAAACUUGGAAGCUAAGCUUCAGCUCCACCAAGUGUCUGUGGGCCCUGGGCUCAGGUGGGGAGCAGGAGGUCAACAGGUCCACACUGAGCUCAGCCCCUCAGCCACCCUCUGACAUCACCCCCACUCCCUCAGUUCACCCAUUCUGGAUCUACCCAUCCCCGACAUGGCCCUGCCCUCCCCCCACCCCUCACAGAAGGUUCCAGGCCUGGUUGGUGUCAGCCUGGAGAUGAGAGCUCAAGGGCGAUGUUCCCAAGAUAAGCACUGGGGUGGGGCUGGAAAGGGGCCGCAGUCCCUCCCCGGAGGAUCUGGGUACCUGCUCUAACUCCAAAGUACAGAAGGAUACUAGGGUGUGGGUGGGGGAGGGAUAGGGGAAGAGCCACUAACCAUCUGGUGGCCUUGGAAAAGUCCCUUCCCCUUCGUAAGUCAUGGGGUUGGGGGACAGAGAAAGGUGGUGGCAACUCCCCAAGGGCCCGCAUCCUACACCCCUCAGGCCUGGCCUGGAGAUACAUAUCGAUUUUGAGUUUCACCCCCAACCCAGGAGCCCUCUGGCCCAGGGCCUCCUGGGAGCCCCCAACCCCCCUCCACCAAUGGGGUUGCAAAAAAGAAUACAAAAAACUGACACAUACAUAGUCAAGGGGGAGAAAGGAAGGAAUCCUUAUAGAAGAUUGCUAAAUUACAUACAAAAUUGGUUAAUAUUCUAAAGGGCAUUUAUUUUUAAAAUCCCAUAACCCGGGCUGGGCAUAGUGGCUCACACCUGUAAUUCCAGCACUUUGGGAACCCGAGAUGGGCGGAUCAGCUGAGGUCAGGAGUUUGAGACCAGUGUGGCCAACAUGGAAAAACCCGGUCUCUACUAAAAAUACAAAAAGUAGCCAGGUGUGGUGGUGCGUGCCUGUAAUCCCAGCUACUUGGGAGGCUGAGGCAUGAGAAUCACUUGAAUCUGGGAGGCUGAGGCACGAGAAUCACUUGAAUCUGGGAGGCUGAGUUUUCAGCCCACCAAGGUGGCACCACUGUACUCCAGCCUGGACGACAGAGCAAGACACUGUCUCAAAAAAAAAAUUUUUUUUUUAAAUUUAAAAUAAAAUAAAAAGUUCCAUAACCCU